ACGGAGCACCUCGAAAGCUACGAACUUCAAACCAGCUUCCCUCCUGUCAACCGACCUCUCUCCAAAUCGCAAUCGCACUUCAGAGACACAACCAUUUCACUCUGAUUCUGUUGCCCUACUGCAACCGUCGCCGUAUUCCAUCCAACCGACUUCGCCUCUUGGUCUCCAUUCCCUACCGCCGGAAAUAGUCCAACAGCUACCGUAGUCGCUUCAGGUUACACGGUCGCUUACCAUGGCUGCUCCUGGUGUUCAGUCCCUCAAGUGCGUUGUCACCGGUGAUGGUGCUGUCGGCAAGACAUGUCUUCUCAUCUCGUACACGACGAACGCAUUCCCCGGCGAAUACAUCCCUACAGUGUUCGAUAACUAUUCGGCAAGCGUGAUGGUUGAUGGCAAACCCAUUAGUCUGGGUCUCUGGGAUACUGCUGGACAGGAAGAUUACGAUCGAUUGCGCCCUCUCUCGUACCCUCAGACCGACGUCUUCCUCAUCUGCUUUUCCAUCGUCAGCCCACCCUCAUUCGAUAACGUCAAAGCCAAGUGGUACCCCGAGAUCGACCAUCAUGCACCGAAUAUUCCCAUCAUCUUGGUAGGCACGAAGCUGGAUCUGCGAGAGGAUCCUGCCACAUUGGAAAGCCUGCGCUCGAAGAGGAUGGAGCCUGUUUCCUACGACCAGGCUUUGGUCUGUGCUAAAGAGAUUCGUGCUCACAAGUAUCUGGAGUGUUCUGCUUUGACGCAGAGAAACUUGAAGAGCGUAUUUGACGAGGCUAUCCGUGCCGUGCUGAACCCCAGGCCCCAACCGUCAAAACCCAAGAAGUCCAAGUGCACCAUCCUGUAAAGCAUUUAGAAGCUGAUCACCAUCGGCCGGGAGAAGAUGAAUUGCAUUUGCAGCAAAUCGAGUUUGACCAGAUGAAACACAGCAGGCCAUCAGUGGGUUUUUUGUUGCACA